AUAAAAUGACUUGAUUGAAUUGAUUGUGAACAAACUCAAUUUCACCUGAUCUGUUAUGACUUUCAGUGUUCUUCAACAUCAAGACUCACAUUUAAUUUUUUCAAUGUAUUUUAGUUCCUCUAAAAUGUAAUUGAGUUUCGUAGUGUCUCUUCCAAAGACUGAAAAUUGACGAAGCUGGAUCGUGAUUUUUCAACAACUGCGGUACUAUAUUUUUAUUAUGCUCCAGUGUCUUGAUAGCCAGAAGGUUGCUGCUGAUGCCGAUAUGGAAGCUCGAAGUACUUACUAUACUCUAGUUUACCUAGUAGGUGUUCCAGAUAUAUCAGAGGCGUCUAAUUCCGAUGGAACUUCCCAGACGUCUGUUCGAACACUAACAAGGACUCGAUGUAAAAAGCUUGGAAGUGAAUCCAGUCUUGUUUCUGGUCUGCCGAAAAUAAAACCAGCAUCUCAAACAAGGAAAUCUAUGAGAUCUAGAGUUUUAUCAAACAGAAGUAGAGGAUUGUAUGGUAACUACAAUGGUAAAGGAACCGCACAAAAAUCACGUUCCCGACGUCAUGUACUUAAAAGAGAGACGCAAAAAUUGGGAAACCCUCCAGCUCUUAUUAGCCUUCGCAAUUGUGUCUACCAUGAGAAUGUUUGGUAUCAUGUGGGCGAUAUAGUUUCGCUAUUGGAUGUUGAUGGUGAAGUUUUCUAUGCCCAAAUAAGAGGUAAUAAGUCUUUAUUGAUGUAAGUAUCAGGACUGGCCACUGAUUUGGUUGGUGAUAGUUGCUGCUUCUUAACUUGGUUGAUCCCAACUUCGGGUUGCAGGGAUGAAGAAUUUCGACCAUCAGAUUAUAUAAUAGGUUAUUUGGUUUUUUCUUACUUCUUAGUUUUAUAGGUAUGGAAGAAGAUGUACUGAGGGAUCUGCGUUGUUGUAAACUAGUGUGUCGUUGUCCUUCUGAUUAUUUCCAACCUAUUGCCAGCCCAUAUACUAUACAGUCAUUCAAGUAAAUACUUCCCAAUCGUGUUUCCUUAACCGCGGAACUUGUGUAAAUAUGUACAUAUAAGCUGUAAAAAUUAAUUUUUGCUCCUUUUUAAUUUGUUGUCAGUAUUUUAAGAAGUAAACUAGAUUAUUUAUAAAA